GGAAGUUCGUGAUGUGCUCUGGCCUGCCAUAUGCCCACUAUGUGCUGGUGGAGAUGCUGGGCACACUUCCAACCCGCGUAGCACAUUCUGCCAAGAUGGCAAUUGGUUUCUGCCUGCCGAAGGCAUGUGUGCCGGUGGAUGUGCCCAUGAUCAUCAAUUCAACUGCAGUCCAGCGGCUGGUCCCCGACCUAAGUGUGCUCCAAGUGACGGAUGUUCAUGCCUCGGAUCCCGUUGGCGACUUGGCUUCGCCUGGUGCGGGGUUUGCAGCUUCCGUCAGCGUGGUUGCAGUGUUGGCCGUUUUCAUCCUCCUGUCUACUUGGUGGAUGGCCUGGUCUGCGACCCAGGCAAGAGAGGAAGCUCCGGCAGCGGCUGGGCGAAGGAAUGCACGAAGUUUUCGAUGUUUUGAGGCUUUCUCGCUGGUUGGGCGAACGGGCACAAUAUCCAAAUUGGUGGAGCUACCACCGUACAAGCCCACAGAUUGUUUGAAUGGACUGCGGGUCAUUGCCAUGGUUCACGUCAUCAUUGGCCACACGUUUCUGAUGCCAGAAGGCGUUUCUGGCUAUUCAAACCCGCAGGAUAUCUCGCUUGGUGGAUUGAACCGAGCCGUUGCAGAGAACAAUCCUCUGCUGAUGCUGAUCGUCCAGGCCGAGAUGAGUGUCGACACCUUCUUCUUUUUGUCCGGUUUCCUACUUUCUCAUCUCACACUUAAAGAGAUGCAGAGAGGGGGAGGAGCCAACCAAUUGCUGGCCAUCCUCCUCAG